AUGGCGGCGGCGCUGCUGCUGGCGCUGGCCUUCACGCUCCUGAGCGGCCAAGGCGCCUGCGCGGCGGCUGGCUUCCUCAAGGCACCACUGUCACAGGAGCGGUGGGUGGGGGGCAUCGUGUCCCUCCACUGUGAGGCUGUGGGCAGCCCUGUCCCCGAGAUCCAGUGGUGGUUUGAAGGGAAUGAUCCAAACGACAGCUGCUCCCAGCUCUGGGAUGGCGCCCGGCUGGACCGAGUUCACAUCCAUGCCACCUACCACCAGCAUGCAGCCAGCUCGCUGUCUGUUGAUGCGCUCACCGCAGAGGACACAGGCACUUACGAGUGCCGGGCCAGCAGUGACCCUGAUCGCAACCACCUGACCCGGCCACCCAGGGUCAAGUGGGUCCGUGCCCAGGCAAGCGUGGUGGUCCUUGAACCGGGCACCAUCUUAACCUCUGUCCGGGAAGUCGGCUCCAAGACACAGCUUACCUGCUCUUUGAACAGCAGUGGUGUUGACAUCGUUGGCCACCGCUGGAUGAGAGGUGGCAAGGUACUGCAGGAGGACACGCUGCCCGACCUGCACAUGCAGUACAUGGUGGAUGCAGAUGACCGCUCUGGGGAAUAUUCCUGCAUCUUCCUUCCUGAGCCUGUGGGCAGAGGCGACAUCAAUGUGGAGGGGCCACCCAGGAUCAAGGUCGGAAAGAAAUCGGAGCACUCUAGCGAGGGAGAGUUUGUGAAGCUGGUCUGCAAGUCCGAGGCAUCCCACCCUCCUGUUGAAGGGUGGUUCUGGUUUAAGACCUCUGACACUGGGGACCAGUUCAUCACCAACGGCACGGAAACCAAUAGCAAGUACAUGGUGGUCUCCACACCUGAGAAGACAGAGCUGACCAUCAGAGACCUGGACAUAAAUAUCGACCCUGGCACCUAUGUGUGUAAUGCCACCAGCUCCCAGGGCAGUGUUCGGGAGACCAUCUCACUGCGUGUACGCAGCCGCCUGGCAGCCCUCUGGCCCUUCCUGGGCAUUGUGGCUGAGGUCCUGGUAUUGGUUACCAUCAUCUUUAUCUAUGAGAAGAGGCGGAAGCCAGACCAGACCCUGGACGAGGAUGACCCUGGUGCCGCCCCACUGAAAGGCAGCGGAACCCACCUCAAUGACAAGGACAAGAAUGUGCGCCAGAGGAACGCCACCUGAGUGCUGGGGCAGGCGGGGAGCGGAGGGGCCGGGCCGUCUGACCCCAGCCCAGUGUCUGCCUCCACUCCUGUGUCCCAUCCUGUCCCCGACCUGAGCCGACCCAACCCGACCUAUCCAAACCCAAGUGAAGACAGAGCCUUACCUUACAGAAAGCCCACCUGGAAGAAGCAAGCCACUUGCAGCCCCUGUUUCUAGUUUAAACUAAAUGAGGUUUCUAUGCAGACAAUCCAUUCCUUAGGGGUUUAUGUUUUUAUUUUUCCUUCCCUUCUGAAGUGUGUCACUACAGCCCUGUGGAGUGGGGGAAUGGGGCCUUGUCCUCGGUCAGGGGGAAAGGCCAGGGCACGCUCUGACUUACUGUUGGAGGGGGCUGGGCUGUCUGGGACCCCAUAAAUAAAGACCUACCCCACCAUG